GUUAUGUGUUCUGUGCUGGCGUUUUUUUCCCCUGCAAUAGUGGAAAAUAGGUGUGGCAGCUUUCUGAUUUUCUGAACCUCACUUUUUGGGCGAAGUUAAAAAUCUCCGGAUGCGACAAAAUUUUGUAUCAAAAUUAAGCUAUUCCAUCAUUUUUCAAGUUUCUCAUUACUCUAGGGCGUAUUCAAGCAGAUUCUGGGGCUCGAAAAUCUGACUUCCGAUUUUUGCAUAAAAAUCUGAUGAUAAUCUAAUAAUCAAAAAAGUUGUUCAAGGGGAAUCGUGUAUUGAGCAUUUUUAGUUAGACGUAUAUGAAUGCAUGUUGACCCGGACAUGUCGAUAGCAGUCGGGGGUGGAGGUGGUGGAGGGGGCACCACGACUAGCCCCGCCUCGGCCCCUGGGGCUACCCUACUCAACAGUGCCGGCAUAUCGCAGCAAUGCGCCAUAUGCGGAGACCGAGCAACUGGUAAACACUACGGAGCUGCGUCUUGCGACGGAUGUAAGGGCUUCUUCAGGAGGUCGGUCAGGAAGAAUCAUCUGUAUACUUGUAGAUUCAAUCGAAAUUGCGUUGUAGACAAAGACAAGAGGAACCAGUGCAGAUAUUGUAGACUGAGGAAAUGCUUCAAAGCAGGAAUGAAGAAAGAAGCUGUGCAGAAUGAAAGAGACAGGAUUAGCUGUAGGAGGCCUAGUUACGAAGAAAGCAACCAGAAUAAUGGACUCUCUGUAGGAUCGUUGUUGAAUGCGGAAAUGCUGUCGAGACAAGUUGGUGCCGCACUGGAACAAAUGGGAUCAACACCUGUCAACGACUAUGACCUGUCGAAUCGGCAGCUAGCUAGUAUCAACGAUGUCUGUGAUUCAAUGAAACAACAACUAUUAAUCUUAGUUGAAUGGGCAAAAUAUAUACCUGCCUUUACAGAACUACAACUAGACGAUCAGGUAGCUUUAUUACGAGCCCACGCGGGAGAACAUCUACUUUUAGGCUUAGCUAGAAGAUCGAUGCAUCUUAAGGAUGUACUUUUACUCGGAAACAACUGCAUCAUCACCAAACAGUGUCCAGAAAAAUGUACGAACAUGGAGAGCACAAUUAAUCUUAGACGGACGAUGUCCAAUGUAGCCGUGAUGUCACCAGACCAACGUAUCUCCCCAGAUUUAAGCAUAGCUAGAGUCGGCGCUAGGAUCAUGGACGAGCUGGUCAAACCUAUGACUGAGGUGCAGAUUGAUGAUACCGAGUUCGCGUGUCUCAAAGCCAUCGUCUUCUUCGAUCCCAAUGCUAGAGGCUUGAGCGAGCCGUCCCGCAUAAAGGCCCUGAGGUACCAGAUCCAGAUAAAUCUGGAGGACUACAUCAGUGACAGACAAUAUGACAGCCGUGGCAGAUUCGGUGAACUGCUUCUGACGCUACCUCCUCUACAAUCGAUCACGUGGCAGAUGAUCGAGCAGAUCCAGUUUGCCAAACUUUUUGGGAUGGCUCACAUUGACAGUUUGCUGCAAGAGAUGCUGUUGGGAGAACCUAUUCUAGGCACCUCAGUGGAACCUGCAUCAACCAUUGCAGUAGUACCAACAGCAAACACGCCCCAGCCUCCGCCAGCUCAAAAUGUGAAUGGAAGUAGUUAUCAUAGCACAAGCGAUUCAGCAGAUAGUCCAGGUACUCCAGGAAGCCCACAUGACCAUCUGAUCAAUGGCGGUGGAGUGGCCAGUCCUCAAGGGGGAAAUGUGUUGGUGAUGCGCGAUGUGACUUCACUGGACGAUGGGCAUCAUAUGCCGUAUCCAAUGGCGUUCAAGGAAGAGCCUGUUAAGGAGGAGCACACUUUUUGAGAGGAUUACCUUUGUGGAGUGGAUCGUGAAUCUACUAUUGACAAGGUUUCCGUAGAUAAAUUAAUGUUCGUUUUGAUAUUCGACAAAGUACAUAGCAUGUGUAUGUUCCAAUAUGAAGCAGAAAGAUUUGGGUGGUCACAAUACAGCAUACAAUUACAGUGGCCAUGAUUACACUGUGGAUAGCUCACCACAGGGAGCAUGGAACCUAUAUACCAGGAGAACCGGAGAAAUGAGUAAAAAACGACCCCAAAACCUGACGCCUGACUGAAAGCGUAGUGAUCAAAGCGAGUUAUAGUACGAAAUCCGGCCGAUGUUUUUUUGAUAAAUUUUAUUUUACGAAUGAUGAAUAAAAGUAGAACAAAUUACAGGAGGGCAAAGGCAUGUUUCAUUUUUACAGCACGAACAACAUCGCCGUAGUUUCUACUCGUAUAUAGGUUCCAUGGUAUUGUGCUGUUCUGUGCGUUAACACCACCCUUUGCUAAGAGGUGGCGUAACACCAAUUUUUCUUGAGGGAUGGUCGAACAUCGCCAAACGUGUAACUACUCCAAAAACUGUUUGAAUAGCAAGCGGUAGCAAAUAUUCUCAGGGAGGGAAAUUUUAAAAUUAUACACAAAACCAUGCCAAAUAUGCGGAUUUUAAAAUUCCGGGUUUACAAGGAAGCCAUCUCCUCUGCGGGCGUCCACGUUACUGUUGCGUCACCUAGUAGCACACAGUGGUGUAACCUUAACACGCUGUUUGACUCAUGUCACAAUUUAAACGUCAAAAAAUAGCAUAUGCCGAAAUGUGAGCACCCAAAGAGCUUCAUUCUCAUAUACUUGCUCUGCUACACUGAAAUUUUGAGAAUCUACAAAGACAUUGCGACACAAAAGAAAUGCUACAUUUAAUUUUACUAGUUUUUUUUUAAUUGCUCACAUUAUUUUUGUGUCAUAUCUGAACAAAAUUCAACAUUUAUUUCGAAAUUACUUUGUACUUUUCAGUGGUAAACAAUAUAUUUAUUUUAUUGUUUUUUAUAUAACCGCAUAAGAAUCAUAUUGAUUGGUGCUGGUGCUGGAUAUUAUCGUUUUAUAGGGAAAAACUUUAAUGCUAUAUUUGGUUAUUAAAUACAAUAUAAUAGAACAUAUAUGUUUUAAUAUACUCGUACUUAGUUUAUUAGCAAGUGGUGCGAUUUGUUCGUUUGUUGUAGUGUACGUCUUUGUUAUAGUAGUCUUUGGUUAUCUUUUUCUGGAGCUUAAUUUCCCGAUGUAAAUAUUUUUCCAUAUGACGGUGACGUACCUCAAUCUACUUUUUUCUACACGAUACAUACAGCCACACGGGUCUCUCUGAUAGUAUGGCCAAAUGGAAUCACAUUUUAGAACUGUGUGAUCUCGGCGUGGUACAGGAUCGUUCAUAAGCGAAGAAGACAAAUGUAACAACAAUUUCUUCGAGUUCAAGUGCCGUGGAUACUAUCAGAUGAUAGAUAUUAUUGUAUGUUUUGCACCGCCAAAAGUAGUAUUUCUAUAAUUUCGAUACUUGGACGAGGGAUGAAAAGUUAAAACUACGAUAAACCUGUAACACUCAUAUGCAUAAGUAAGUUCUGAGCAGCGGGGCUUUUACCCAUGUCUCACUAACUUUUGCUGCAUCUUGGAAUUGAAACAGGCACUGUUUCCUCGUACUUCACAGGUUACACGUUAGGUUUGCGCGCUUGUAGGAGAUAUGCUGCUUGAGUUAUCGAUUUUAAGGUACUUUCAAGUUUUUUUUUAUCUAAUCUCCACAUCUUCAAAUGGAGAUGUUGGCUAUAAAAACAACUAAACGAACCAUCGAUCCAAAGUACCUGUUUUGGACAGGGGAAAGCUUUUAUAGCCACUCUGAGGCAGAAAGCUCGACAGUCAGUAUGUCUUGCCUGAAGUGUGAGACUCUCCAGAAACGUGGCGUACUCACUAAAGCCCCUGAGUCGUUCGCUACACAUCCCACCACGGAGAAGGUAGGAUCAACGUGGUGGGUAGCGUUGCGUUAAGUUUUCAUACCAUGUCGGAAGUAAUUAGUAACCCUCUCCUCAUCUCAACCCAGCAAGCAAAAUGCUAUUGUUGGUUCGUUGGUCUGUUCUUCUCAUCCUAUGCAUUGCUCAGAUAAUCGGCCUACACAGUUGCCGAUGCUUAUAAGGUUUUUGGGCAGUGAGUCCAUUGCCGAGCAAAAAUUCUAGCUGUUUCUGGUAGUGAACUCAUCUACUAAAAUCAAGUUGAUGGUCGGGAAUAUCCUCCUCAUGAUUGCAAUAUCCUUGUUCACGUGCUCCCUCUCACCCCCUUCAUGUAGCUAUCGAAACGAGCAUGGCUAUUGAGGAACUGUUCAACAUAGUAAUAUAUCCACACUACAUCCUUGACAAUAAUUCAGGUUUUGCUGUAUGGAAUCGGUCGUUUAAUCCAUGCAACUUAAUAAGUUGCAUCCCUUCUCUCCUGCCAUCUAACGUAAAGUACCUUGCAACCAAUAAUUCAAGCAACACGUCUGCAGCGAUGAGAUCUGACAAGGAUCUGGACCCGAUGUGCGACAUGUGUGAUUUGACACCUCUUCAGAUCUGCAAGGUACGUUAGUUAUAUAGGGUGUUCCAUCUGUUCCUUAUUUUUUAAUCUAAAAAACACACUUUUUAUGAGUGAGAAACUGAACUUUUUAUUGAAUAUUGUAGGUCGGUAUUUGCCAUUUAUGUAUGGAAUAUAAAAUCGCGCGUAUGUCCACUGCGGCUCCGUUGAUAUGCCAUCAUCCGAACAUCAACAUUUUCUAUGACUUUUUGCAGUAUUAGCGGGUCCACGGCCGCGAUUUCGGUGCGAAUGUUGCACUUAAGGUCUUGAAUCGUGCAUCAACACCUUCCAAUUUCGGCAAAAAAAAUCCGUUAUCAUACCGCGAUAACUUUCGGCGGUGACCGUAACGGUUUUUUCUUCUUCAUCCUCGAAAAAGAACGAAGACCAGAAGACCAUAAUCCGCACCAAACAAUUACUCUCUGAUCAUGGAGAGGUUGUUCAUGGAUCUCAUAUGGAUUUUCCGAACCCCAAAUCCUACAGUUUUGCCUAUUUACGUGGCCACUGAGGUGAAAAUGUGCCUCGUCUGAAAAGGGGACUUUAGCCGAAAAUCCCCUUCCUUUUUUCAAGCAUCCAUUUAACAAAGAUACGCCAUUGCUGAUGAUUCGCUGGCUUCAAUUGUUGAGCUACUUGGACCUUGUAUGGGUGUAGGUGGAGAUCAACAUGUAAAAUCCUCCAUAAUGUUGUUGACCUGAUGUCCAACUCUUGCAAACAGUGUCUUAUCGAACUCAUGAACACUUUCACUCACAGCUGCCACUGAUUCACGUGUACGUACAGGGCGGGCAUGUUGAUAUGUUCUACGACCUCCAACUGGGCCAGUUUCCUCAAAACGAUUGGUAAUCUACCGAAUUCCACGCUCUGAGGGACGAUUAUGUCGACCAAAUUCAUCACGAUGUUUGCGAAAAGUACUUUUUAAAGAUCGUCCGUUUUCGUAAUAAUUCUGGAUGACCAAAAUGCGUUCUUGAGUUGUUAAAGAAUCCGUAAUAACAAAUGGCAGACCUGUGACAGUCCCUAUGUACCAAAUACGUGGCAAUUGACACAUUUAACAUGUCAAAAAAUGUUAGCUGAAAAAAGAAGCAAUAGAUGGAACACAAUUUACAAACAGUAAAAAUUUAAGUAGAAAGAUCCGGGGAAUAACCCUACUGCUCAGAACCUGCUUCACAGUAGUUUUCACCUCCGCGCUCCAUCCGUUUGCCUCGAAGAUAUCGGUAUUCCAGAAGUACUUUCUAACAGUACCCGCGGGAAUGGAGUACGAAGAAAUUGCUGCCAUGAGUAGCAAAUUUUGCCAGUCACGCUGGCAGUACAGAGGCCAGCCGACAGCACUUUUGCAAGAAUAAAUUAUAUUGUCAUUGUCAGUUGCACUUUGAAAAAGUCUACCGUUGUGGCCGAAACGCUUGUAAAAAAGUAAGUGGCAUGUGCUUUCAUUUGGAGUUCAGCAUGCAGGUCCUAUCAGUACGAUAACUACGUGACAAGUACCAGGUCGUACAUUAUACAAUCUUAGAUAGCUGUAAUUCUUUAGGAACAAUAAUCUUUUGUAACGUUCGAGUAAUUGCAGAAGGCUAGUGAUGAAAAUAGCAGCAGCCAUAUGUUAGAUUCCUUUACCUUUUCCAUCUACACGGCUUACAAAAAACACAUACUUGGUAAGUGCGCAGUUGAACCAGAUUUCCAUACAUAGACAUUAAAAUACAAUGAAAUAAAAAUAUACAUAAAAAAUAGUUAGCCACUAAUUCCAAUUGUUUGGUGUUUGUACAUACUAUUUUUUUGAUAUAGAAUUAACAUUGCAGUUGUUGAGAGUUUUUGAUUCAAUAAUUGUGCAAUUCCUGACGUUGCAUGUCAAACUACGUAGACCUUUCUUUCUUUAAAUAAACUUACUAUAUACAUGUUAUUCAUAUUGUAAACGUGGAAGGUAAAGGUAUAUUUCAGAUGGUGUCUAGAGACAAUAAGCUGUUGAUCUAAAAUCAACAAAAUAGAUGUAGAUGUAGGUAAUUAUAAUUUGCAUAUGCUCAAAACUAUGAUGCUGUGGAUGGUGCCUUAAAUGUACAUAAAAUAUAUUUGUUAUCAGAAUUGAUUUAAAUAUUUCAAUUCGGUUUGUUAUGAACUCUAAUAUAUUUCAUAUGCUUGGUAGAAAUAGAAUGACGGUAUAGUUUUGCAUCAUUUUCAUUUCACAGAGAUUUUGUAGUCAGGACGAAUAUUGGAAAAAAAUAUAUUGUAAACAACUGGAAUAAAGUUGAAGUCUUCAAAAUUGAAUAUCAUUGGGUAUUGAAAUUAGAUUAUCAACAUAAUAAGACCCCACAAAGAAAUUUAACAAUCUCUAAUGAAUGAUUAUCACUUUUUCAUGGUUGGCAUAUUGUAAAACACGUUUACUCAACUCAUUGUCCCCAAUUUCAAAAAUGUAUAUCUUUUUACUGUGCCAUCAUCUUCAUUACUUGUCAUUUUAUUUUUCAAAAUAAAAAAUCAGCACUUCAACCUCAAUCCAGCUAGGUGUAAGUUCUUUAUUUAUUCUUUUUUGUGCCCCAAUAUAUGUUCUAACUACUUUUAUUUAUUAUAUAAUCAUCGAUCAUCAGUAAUAAUUUAUUCAUCUUAUGAAGUUUGAAAUAUAUUGCAAACUUUUUGUUGAGUAAAUCUAAUCAAAUUCCUAGUUUACUUGCCAGAAUGCCGUUUGCAUUCAUAUUUUAAGUGUAGCUCUUAAGACGGAUGUGGUGGUAGAUUGCUAAAACAGGCCAGCUUUAUCUAAGUAGUAAUAACAAUCCUGACUUCUAUUCAAAGUUCUCUGCAAAUUUUUCAAACCGCCAAGAAUAAGUUCUGAGGGCAGGUAUAUCGUAUACCAAUUUGAUAACUAAUUUUAUUUUUAAUAUUCUAGUACAAACUCGUUUUUAACAUUGUUAUUUUCUAAAAUACAUUGUGAGUGAUCAGUAAAAUAUUUAAGAAUAUUUCAUAUAAUACUGUUACUGAGAUUGCACUGUACCAAGAUCAAACGAGAUACUUCAUUGUUUCAUUAUUUAGCUUGCAGUAUAUUCAUGAAACAACUUUGAAUAGUUUCGCUGGAUUUUAACCGUGCACAUUUGAAGUACUGCUCAAAUUAAUUGUAUAUAGUUCAAUUUUAAGUUCCCAUUUCAUAUAUUGAUGUUACUCUCGGUUUAUCAAUAUGCCAUAUAGCUCUGUAUCGAAUAACCGAAACUUACAUCCGUCAAUAUCCUGUUGCUCAUUAAAUCGCCUUUUUUGUCUCGCAUAAUCCUAGGUUGAGCUAGAUUUGCUAAAUACCGUCAAAAUGUUCAAAAAUCACUAUUGCAUGUUCACCUAUUCAUCAAAUCAGACUAUAAUUCUAUGAUAUGAACGUACCCAUAGAGCAAAUUUUUGAUAUCGAGGUACACAUAUAUGUAAUGCAAUUUCUAGUGUUUUAUUUCUAUUUGCUAUGACCCAAAUUUAGGUAGACGUAAGCGUUUAUGUUAUAUAGUUAUUGUUAAAUGAUUUUCCUGUUUUGUACAGUUUUUGUUUUUUAGACUAACAUAGGUGACUUUUUAAAGGCUGGAGGAGGCAAUAUUAAGUUUGUAUGAUUAUAAUAAAUAUUUCUAUUGUUUAA